AUGAUGCACAACAACAUAUUGAACCCAGAUAUAGAACUGAUAAUAUCCGACUCCGCAUGCAAACAGGCACGCAGCGAGAUCACACAGCCGUACGACUAUCUUCUGAGAAUACCUGGAAACAACAAGAACAUCCGUUACAAGUUCCUCAUAGCAUUCAACGAGAAGUUCUUCCACAUAGAACACGAGGAAAUUCUAUACGAAAUCGGAGACAUCAUUGGGAUCUUUCAUAAUGCGUCCCUUCUCAUUGACGAUAUAGAAGACGACUCGACUCUUCGACGAGGCCAACCUUGUGCCCACAUCAAAUUUGGCACGCCUUCGACAAUCAAUUGUGGGAACUACAUGUAUUUCAUUGCUCUCAGGAAAGGCAUGGAUGUGUUGCCGCGACUCUGGACACUGUUGCCAUCGUCUGAUACCCUGAAGUUGUCAGGGGUGAAAGAGAAAACGAUGAAGAUACUUGUGGAUGAGAUGUUGAAUUUGCACCAGGGCCAGGGCCUAGAUAUAUAUUGGCGUGACAAUCUUCGUGAAGUUAUGCAUAAUGGUCUUCCGUCAAUCGCGGAGUAUCUACAAAUGAUCAUGAACAAGACAGGCGGAUUGUUCCGACUCUCUGUGAAAUUACUUGGACUCUUUGCAAACGAUACUUCAAAUUGGGAUUCUGACUCGUUAGUGAGAUUGGCGAACUUGCUAGGUAUAAUCUAUCAGAUCCGUGAUGAUUACCUCAAUCUUGCAGACGUCAGAUACUCUGAGAUGAAGGGCUUCGCUGGAGAAGAUCUUAUUGAAGGAAAGCUAUCAUUACCGGUUCUCCACUCACUACUCAAUAGUAAAGGUGAUACGACUCCUUUGCAUCACGUUCUAUUCGAGCUUGAUUCUCCAGAGAAGCGCAGAAAUGAUUUGCAGUCUAUUAAGCUGGCUAUAGACUAUCUUCAAGCAGGACCCUCGUUAAACUACACAUAUGAAACAUUGCAGGAUUAUAUCAGGAGGGCCAAGCACUUGAUUCUUGAGUACCCGCAUCCCUCCGACCUACUCCUCAGAGUUGUUGAGGGCCUAGGAGCUGUUGUAGAGCCAAACCAUUGA